CUCGUAUCCUAAUAGUUGUCAAUUCACUCUAUCCGCGUUCAUACUUUCGAAGACAUCAUUAAUGUGGUUUAUAAACCAGAUUCAUCCAAUCUACCAAAUUACGACCGCACCUCCCACAUGGCUUCCUACGAAUCAUUGCACUCACUCUUGCUUCAGAGAAAGGAGGGGGAGUUGAAAAUCAAAGACCCUAGGACCACCGGCUUGUGCGUGGAUAAUAUUCUCGGAGAUCCGAACACACUCGCCACUACCUCGACUUCUAUGUUGGCGUGGGUUCUAACUUUCGUGGCGUCGGUGAUCGCAUCCACCCAGGACACGGAUCCCUACCCUAACUACUGCUGGUUCAGCGUAGCUUUCAUGCUCUGCCUGAUUGUUGGCAUCUUUGCCGUUAUCGCGUCUGAUACGACCGAGGAAUACCACGUUGCCAUUGUUGGUUUCCUUGCUGCUGGGCUUAUUUUGACCACAUCCUCCGUUAAUAAUCUACUUUACACUUCUAAUGCAGCAAAACAAGCCGCUGCCUCGGGGUUUGUGGUACUAUCUAUAGUAAAUAUUGCAUGGAUCUUCUACAUUUCCAGCCCACCAACAAAUAGAACUGCAAGGUUUGGAAGCAUUACAUGA